AUGAAGAAGGAAAACUUCCCCGAGGAACUCAGCUUGCCAACCCCCCAGAUCAGCAAGGGCCUGGCGCUGCUUCAGAGUGUUUCCAGCCGGCGCUCCCAUGGCGUAGAGAACAAGCAGCUAGAAGACCAACACAGAUCCAGCAAGUCGGCCCAGGCCAUCAACCACUACAACAGCAAAGUGAGCCAGCUCAAGAAACUCACUAACCCUGAUGGCUUUGUGUCUGAAAUGGAAGAAAUGAGAAAGGCCUUCCUCAUGCGGCCUGGAUGCCCCCAGUUCUCUACGAGGGCCACAUCUGUAUCUCAUAUGGGUUCUGCCACCACAGUCGAUAUGCCCAGGGACAACUCUGGAACUUGGAAGAUGACUGAGGACCAACCCCUGGUCGGGCAGGACUCUGACACCAGUAUGGAUGGGCGCCUCUUUUCAAUCAGCAAGAGCGCUUGCGAGCUCAGCUUCUCACGGAAGAGGAGUGAGCCCCCAACCACGAGUCCUCCCGGCAGCCCAACCAUGGUCAAGAGGUCCCAGAGAACCAGAAUGCCCUGGUACAUCUCAGUCAUCCAUGAGAAGGAUCAUUCCCUGGUCCGGCUGGAGGAAGAACUCCAGCGCCUUUCAGUGCUGGAGACCCAGAUGCAGAAGAAAGACCAGGAGAUCUUGUCGCUCCAGAAGGAGAAGGAGGCCCUGAAGAAGCAGCUGAAAAUCCUUCUCAGAAGCAAAGGCACAGAAGCAUCAUCAGCUUCCAUCAGGACGGAACGGUCCUUUGAGGCUGCACUGAAGCUGGGGAGGCUGAGCAUGCUGAGGCCGGUGUACAGGGAAGACGAGGAGCUCCAGCACUGGAUGCAGAUGCAGGAAGACUAUAACGUGGUAGAGAACAGGGAGCGGCCGAUGGAAGCAGGAAGUAUCACAGAGGAAAAGGGCUCUGAGGGGCCCCCGGAGGAGGCUGCCAAACCUAGGAGCCUAGGGUCCCUCUCCACCAGGAGCAUUGUCAAGGGAGGGACUUUGCACGAAGAGGGCCCUGAGGAGGAGGAGGAAGAGGAGUUGAAAGGGGCCGAGGAAGAGGAGGAGGUGGUGAUAGGGGAGGAAGAAUUGUGGGAGCUGAAGGAGGAGGAGGAGGAGGAGCAGCGCCCCAGGAAGUCAUACUCUAUUACUGAGUCCUUUGAGGAGGAGUUGAUGGCCCAGCUGGAGGAGUAUGAGCGUAUGUUGAUGGACUUACAGAGUGAGCUGGAACUCACCAGAGCCAAAUAUUCCCUGGCCACAGGAGCCAUCACAUCUUUACAACGGCAAACCAACUUCCAAGAGUCUCAGCUGCGAAAGGUCACCACGGAAAAUGAGCGGCUGGAAAAGGAACUCCGUGAACGAAAGCAGCAGAUACAGACCAUGACCAACAAGUUCUCCAACCUCCGGGAGGAAAAGAAACAGCAGGGGAUAAUGGGACUCAUUGAGAAGGAAAAUCUUGCUCUCCGACAGCAAGUAUCUGACUUGGAGACAGAGCUCCUCAAGCGUGAUCAGACCAUCACAGAGCUGCACACCAAAACUAGUGAGCUGCAGGCUCAUGUGGACCUGAAUGAAGACCACCUAAGGCGUUGGAAGAAUCUGCAUGAUGACCUCCAGAGACGGAACGAGACAAUCCAGCAAGCAGAGCAACAGACUCGUGUGGUCCUGGAGUCCUGUCAGGCCAGGCUUGAGAGACUAAGGAAUAAGAUCAUCCAGGCCGUCUUCAGCGCCAGUGGGACCAAGAACUUGUCCACUGAGCUCUCUGACAGCUACAUCCUGGAGUCCCUGCAGAGAAUCAUCACAGAGAGAAGUGACUUCUAUGGUCAGCUGAAACAGAAAGGCGUAAAGGUGCCCCCGCUGCAACAGUCAGACAUCUCCCUGCCCACCAAGAUCAAGAAGUUAUCUCCCAAAUAG